GGAUGAAAGGUGUUGGUUUGCAUGUUUACUAAUAUCGGUUUCGGUGACCAUUUGAGUGUAUUCUUGUCAUCUGCAAAUCCACUUAUCUACGAAUUAAACUUGAAAUAUGGUUCGAUUUAAGUUUUAGUAAAUUGUCCGACUUACAACCCACAAAUAAUGUAAUUUUAGGCCUAACGUUUAUUGGCGUUUACUGUACCGUUAUGUUUGCGAGGUGUGACGCAAUAUUGUGGUUGUGAAGGAGCCACGCAGUAAACAGGAAGGUCCGCGUCUAGGCCAUAACAAACGUGAGGAAGAGAAACUAAGUUGGACGUACACUGGACGUCGAGAGAAUUGCUUAUAUUUAUGGUGCCUGGUGAACUAUUCUGAAAUAAUCCAGACUAUUUUUUCUUUGAAAAGCAGCUCGUGGUAAUGGUAAAAGUUUAAAGGCGCUAUGAAAUAAUGAAUAAAGUACAAGACAAGAGUUUAGAUUUCCUGACCACGAAACUAAUGACUAGCGAUAUGAGGGAAAUGUUCAGCCCUUCUAUAAAUAAUAUCUUCAAUCUCAUUGGUGAAACAAUGUAAAGAUGUCCAUAUGGAGCGAAACAAUAAAAAAGGCGCAGGUGAUAGGCAAAAGCCACCGUGGAAGAGAUCAGGCCUUUCUAUGGAAUUCAAAUCAAAAACUCUGGCCGCUUCCUUUACGAAAUCAAGCGACGAAGAUCUUGGUUACGAAUUUGAAAGCUCACUCGAAGAUGCAGUUGAAAGUCAGGCGGCUGUUUUGCAGUCGGAAAACCAAGAUAGCAGUGUGGAGAAUCUCGAUGGUUUAGAUGGCAAGAAGAACAUGGACUGCUUGAAAAACACUUUGAAGGCUGGUGCGAAAGUCCCCGAAAUAUCAUCGAAGACCAACUGGAUGAAGGACAAAGUUAGUAAUUUUUGGGGACGGAAAGGCAAGCAAGAAGAGGCAGAAAAGUCAGAAAUUAAGAAAGCAGAUGACGAAACAAAGCUUGUGGAAGACGAUGCUGGAAUGCACUUAGAAAAUGAUGCAAAAUUGAAUAGCGGUAAAUCAAAUGCUGAAGAGGUUGGUACUUGUUCGUCUAACACGAAAGAAAUGCAAAUAGUCGAUGCACCAACUGUGGAAAUAAAAGAUGGGGGCAAGGAUAAAAAGCAACCAAGAGCAUCAGGCUGGAUAAGAGACCAGGUAUCCAGUUUGAUAUCAAAAGGGAAAACUUAUGCAAGUAGUUCUGUAACUGCUGAUGCAUCUGCUAAUGUAGAUGAUUCUGGAAGCAAGCCUCUAGAAAGGCAGAGUCCUAAGCCAAAAACUGGGUCAUUAUCACAGAAUAUUAGUGAGCAUUAUACUUUGAAACAGAAAACAGAAGGAGAUGAAAAUGUUGAGGAAGAAUGCAGUGGCCAGGGUGCUGUAACUUUUGGAUUUGAACCUAAUGAUGGUAAUGUUAAUGAAACAUCUGAUGUGGAAAAGGAAAAAUUUGUCGACAUUCAUGAAAGCAUAAAUAAAAGUAUUACUAGACAGAUGAUUGUUGCUUUUAGUAAAGAUGAGUGUCAAAGUGCUCUGCCAUCAGAAGACAGGCCAGCAUCUCCACAAACGAUACCCCAAAACACAAGUGGUUCAGCAAAAAAGAAUUCAGCAAAGUCAAAAUUAAAAGGAUUUUUGACCCCAAGGCCUAUAACAACAGACCUUACACAUAUCCCAAUCUCUCAACACAUCAAAGACGAAAAACAUGGAAAUAACAGUGCAGCUCAAACUCAGACCAAACGAAAGUUUAAAUUUGCCAGCAAACUAUCUUUUUCAGAGCUUCUGCAUUCCCAGGAGCAUGGUGCUCAAGGGCCACGACAGAAUGACCUGCAAAAUGCAGAUAGUCUUUCAACAUCACCAGUGCUGAGCAGGUUUGAAAGCCCAGUAUCAGAUGAUGAUGAUGAUGAGAAUGCUCAGUUUUCUCUUCCAGAAAAUAGUAGCCCAACCCACUCUACCAAUAAGCAGCAUGCUGGACUCUCUUUCUUCUGGUUAUGGAGUCUUGCUGUCAUUUUAUAUGCAUUUUACAUCAUCCCAUUGAACACAUUCAUAAGUGGUUUUGUUUUUGGGUCACUAAUAAUGUAUCUUGUUGGUUGUCUGGUUAUUUGGUUGUUUUGCCCAUCAGGAAAGUCAUUUGAGCAAUACAAACAAGAGCUUAAGAAAUAUCUGAGAGAGCAAGACAUUUCUUCUUCAGAAAAGAAGCCAAUUCGAACUGUGGAUCCUGAUAAUUUAAGAAAACCAAGGGAUAUCAAGGGAUGGGUUCAUUUUUUGCUGGACUACGACCCUCGAGUUUUCACCCUGGACAUAACGAAAGACGUCUUUGCAGUUUUGAAAGGCGAGACUUUGUUUAUCUUAUUUUGCAAGCCGCAGGUCGAAAACAAACCAGUGACACCGCAGAAGCUGAAGAAAGUUAAGCGCGGAUUACGCACGCGCCGAAACAGAAAGCAAGAACUUGUGGAAAAUCAACAGCCCGCGUUUGUGUUCGAAAAGGAGCACAAGAUCUCGUUAUCUAAGUGUCGGUUAUCGCUGCAACCGCUAGAUUUGCCAAUGAGGCGGAUCUGGAAUCGAAAAUAUCCUAUUAGAAUCGACAUUCCGCCCGGCGCAAUGCACAUUAGAGACAUCGACAUUCCGUUCGAGGAGCUUACUUCAAAUUUCGAAGAGUAUUUUGAUUGCUCUGCUGAUGAUUGGACAGCAAGUACAACCGACGAACAGUUUCACGUAUUCCCUAAUACCGCGCGCGAGAAAGAGGAUUGGUAUUACCGUAUGCAGCUGUGCAAUAAACCAUUAAAACAUCAAAUAACGCUAAGCGACGUGAAGAAAGGGAACCUAUCUAGUCGCCCGGCAGAUUCUUAUCCGCAUUAUAUGGUAGAAUGUAUCCGCGAGAGUGAAAAGAUUACAACACGUGUCGUAAACGGGAAAAGAUUAGAGCCGCAUUCUGCAUGGCUGAAUGUACUUUUAGGACGCGCAUUUUGGGAUGUAUGGCACGAGCCAUACUGGAAGCGAAAAGUCUGGGUCAAAAUUCAAAGUCGUCUGAAUAAACUGAACACGCCUCCGAUCAUAAAGGAAAUAUACGUGAAAGAUUUGCACCUAGGCCAUACGCUGCCUGUGAUUCACAAAGGAUCGCUGCCCGAGUUAGACGAGUACGGAGUGUGGACUGACCUACAGGUUACUUACCAAGGGGAGUUCACGCUAACCCUUGAGACACAGUUGAAUGUUGAUUAUUACGUCGCUUUGCUUACCAAGAUUGUGAAGCAACAAACCCAGGCUCAGGAAAGCGCGCAUGCGGAUGUUAAAAUGAAGGUUACGCGCGAAAAGAAUAGUGGGGAGCUGACAGACAACGGUGUUGUUACUGAAGGGGAUAGUACAGAUUUCGACGGGGAUUCAGUUUUGCAAGAGCAGCUACCAGAGAUGAUUUUAGAGGCAAUUGAUAAUGUAGAAGUAGACGAAGUGGAUCUUGGUGCGGCGCUUGCAGAUGACCCGAUGAUUUCGGAUCCAAGGACAAAAGCAUUCUUAGAAAGCAAAACAGGAAAACGGGUCGCAGGCAUUGUUGGUUGGCUGGCCAGAUCAAAAAUCGCGAAGAGGGUAGCUGAAACUGACUUUGCUAAAAAGGCUUACGAGAAAGCGUACGAGAAGUUCAGGAAAAUGCCUAUUAUUCUAAAAGUUACUGUGCAGAGCCUGAAGGGGACACUGGCUGUUAAUAUUUCACCGCCACCCACAAAUAGGUUAUGGUUUGGUUUCCGUGGCACCCCAGCUGUUCUACUUACUGCCCAUCCAAAAUUGGGAGAUCGUCAUGUGCGUUUAACAUAUUUAACAGACUGGAUUGAGAGAAAGCUUAAAGAUGAAUUCAAGAAAUUAUUUGUGUUGCCAAGCAUGCAAGACAUUUCAGUAAAACUGAUGUAUUCACGCCUAGAAGAGCUUUACCCUGAAAGACCUUUAUCAUAAAGGUAUUUAAACUGUGUUUUAUAAUUCCUAACUGGAUGUUUUAAACAUUGAAUGCAAUCUGCAAGUUUUCUGCAGAGCAGUAUAUCUAUCUGUACUCCAAAUAUAUAGUGGUUAGACUCCUUGCAAAGACAGCGUGUCUAAUAUGUACGUUUUGCAAUUCGAAUGAUUGUUUAAAAGUUCGAGGUUUGACAUGAACCCGAAAGUUGCUAGAUUUUCAUAAAUAUACGUCAUCAGCCUUCUUUCAUAAGAUAAUUUUUAAUCGGAGCUUUUUUUCGUUUAGCAAAGGUACACAUAGCCUUUUCGAAGGAAAAUUAGCUGUGAGGCAAGCCUUUGCUUACAUAAGGGUAGGAAAAUAUCAUAUUGUUGAAAACUACGGAAAUUUACUGGAGUUGAAGGGGCAAUCGUCCCCUGCAGCUAGAUGGGAGUAUAUCAAGAAUCAUUACUGUAAAAUAGUAAAGGCAUUUUGAAAGCUUUAAUCAGAUGAUACUAUACUGUUAUAUGUUUUUUUAAUUUUGAUUUUUGACUUGAGUUUUUUUGAUUAACAUUUUGUUGUUAGCAAAUGGUGUAUGAAUUGUUAAUAUUAAAUUUUAAUGUUUUGCGUCUUGUGAAUAUUACAUUAAUAGCUAAAUUAUGCAAAUGUGUCCUAAUUACAACUAUAUUUUGUUACUUGUAACCUUAGGUUGCAGCUUGAACUAUCAUCCUUUUCGCGAAAUUCCAAACCACAUAAGGAAGAUUCUAAAUAAACACAAAAAUAUACAUAGGUUCUUUCUAAAUAUCUUCGGGCACUUGGUAUCUGGUUUCCUUUUUUCUGAUUGUCCCAGGGUAAUAUUUUUGUGUCAUUAUUUGACCCGAAAAUGAAUUUUUUUAUUUUUAGAUAUAUUGAAAAUCCUUGAUUUGUUCAAGAUUUCUUGCUCUAGAAAAAAUAAAGAGCAAAAGGCCACUCAAGGAUUAGCUAAGAACACAGAGUUAAAACGUCUUUUCUCAGCUUUCUUGCCCCUUCUAUCAAUCGUUUAGAACAGUUUAUCUGAGAGGUCCAGGUACUCAAUCAUUACGUGUCCCUUUCCCUGUCUGUUGUGUUUUUUAAAAAGACAUGUGUUGAAUUAGCUUUAUUUAAAGCUGUAAUUGAAAGCUUAAAUAUUCGCCUGCUGGUGGGCGGCUCCCAGUCAAGACCUAGCCACACCCCCAAUCUACAGAUCUGGAGCAAGGAAAAGGGGCAUCGAAGAGAGAUGGCGGGGGGGGGGGGGGGGUAUUAUGUAAAUAGGUGCAAAUCGCUUCACAAAAUGAGGGACAUGAAACGUUUUCUUUCAAAUUUGUUUUUUUGUACUUUCAUCCACAAAGUACCAUUUUAGUUUAAUAAUGACGCACUAGAAAGAAAUAUCAGCCAAAUAUAGCACCAUCUUUGGUGAUACAAAAGACUUAUAUUUUAUAAUAAUUUGAGAAUAACUCCGAUACAUUUAAUGAUUUAAUUGUGACAUUUUUGGUUUCAAUGAACCUUAAACGUUAUUUAAAUGUUGAUUUUCAGACGUGAAUCUUACACAAAGAUGUUUUCAUGUUUGCAUUCUUUUCAAAAUGUUAUAUAUAAUUAUAGUUUAUACGUUGAUUACCCAAACUAGAAUUGAUCAUUUUUGUUGCAGUGUAAAAUUGUUAGAUGCCCUAAUUAAAUUAUCAAUAUAUUUUAGCAACUAAUUUGCUUAUCAUGUGAAGGAAAUGCCAUAAA